AACACACAAAAAAGCUGUUUUAGUGAAUAAUUUAAGGAAAAUGUGUAAUAAAUAAAUAGUGCAAUAAGUGACAAAGGACCCGAGAGCAAGUGAUAAUGCGCGCAAUGUGAAAAUCGUGUGGGAAAUGUAGCGAGAAAAACGGAAAACAGUCGAUCCGAAGCAAAAAAUUUCUUUUUCUCUAUACGUGCUGCGUGUAUUAUCACGAAAAAAAAAAUGUACAAGUUUUUACUUUAUAGUCUGAGGAAUUAUCAUUAGGAGAAAUCAAUUUUUUUUGUUGUGUUUUUUCCGUUUCGUCUCGAUUUUUGGGCUAAAGUUAAAGAAGCAAAAAAUAAUUUUUCACCAAAAAAAAAAAAAAAAAUCGAAAAUCAUGUCGGGCGAAAGUGAAACAGCGGGCUCAUCCAAGGCAGCGGAAUCCACGUCGGAGCCAGAUUCGGAAAAUAUUUCGAGUGCAAAUUACGUCGAACGUGCCUCUGCAGCGGCAACGGGAAGAGAAUCGCCAAUCGCUACAUUCCAGGCCCUGAAGAACUCCGUAAUUGAACGUGUUCCGGGCAUCGUUGCGGCAGACGUGAAUCUUCUUGCGGCGGCAGCAGCUGCAGCUAGCAUUCCAUUAAUUAAUAAUAACAAUAGUAGUAGUAAUAAUAAUGAUUCAAGUAAGAUAUCGAAUAAUAACAACAACAACAAUAACAAUGUGAAUCCCAAUAAGCGGUUGUUUGAGUGCGAUGUGUGCAAAAUGUCAUUUUCUAAUGGAGCGAAUAUGCGACGACAUAAGAUGAGGCACACAGGUGUCAAGCCGUACGAGUGUCGCGUUUGCCAGAAGCGUUUUUUCCGCAAAGAUCACUUAUCCGAGCACUUUACGACGCACAUAAAGACACUUCCAUUCCAUUGCCCCAUCUGCAAUCGUGGUUUCCAAAGACAAAUUGCCAUGCGAGCGCAUUUCCAAAACGAGCAUGUCGGGCAACAUGAUCUCGUGAAAACGUGCCCUCUGUGCAAUUAUCGCGCCGGCACAAUGAAAUCGCUGCGUGUGCAUUUCUUCAAUCGGCACGGCAUCGAUUUAGAUAAUCCCGGCUCCAAUGCAUCGUCUUCUCUCUUGCUCGCGUUGGAACAGCAACAACAACAACAAGCCGCCAAUUUGCCCGUAAAUCUCAUUCAAGCAGCUAACAUUGCAGCUUCGGUGGCGGCAUUUAACGAAAGUGCGGCAAUUGCCGCUGCUGCGAACGUUUCGGGCGGCGAAGGAGCUCGAAAUCACGAAAAUACGACGCCUCCGAUGCACUAUCUGACGCCGCACGUCGAAAUUUCGAUGGCAGACGCGGGAGAUUGUCCGAUGCGACUUGGAUCGCCGAAUAGUUCGGUGUCGUCGGGACUCGAUAUUCAAGCAAUUGUUAGACCAAAAAGUAAUCCGACGCCGCCGCAUCACUCGGGAGGCGUCGAACGCGAACGAGAACGUGCGGAAUCGGCAUCGCGUGACAGACAUGCCUUCGAUGCGUCGAUUACGCCGUCGAUUAGUCUCAUUCCGAUCAAACAGGAGCCAAGUACGAAUGACGAAAUGAGUGAAGGAAGCGGCAGCGGAAGCAGUUUACACAAAACGGGACGUCAAAGUUCCUCAGAUCGCGUUUCGCCGAACCCGGAACAAGUCACAGAUGUCGCCGGAAGUGCUCCCAACAACUUUAUCAAGGUUUCACCCCUCAAAUCUCUGCUACGCGAAGACCUGAAACGAAGAAUUUCGGCGCGUGCCGUGCGAUCGAGUUCCCGCAAUGCCAAUAACAACAACAACAAUAACACGACACGCGAUAACAGCAACUCCAAUACGCCGACAAACCUCUCGCUCGCGGGAACGGAGAGUCUCUUGAACUUAUCAACGACAAACAACAGCUCAAACGGCAUGAUAACGUCGACGGGCGAAAGCGAACUCGUCAUUACGGGACGAAAAGUGAACCUGAAGUGUUUAUUUUGCAACAUUGAGUUUCCGGAUCAGACGCUGUAUUUUUUGCACAAGGGAUGUCACAGCGAAUCGAAUGCGUGGAAAUGCAACAUUUGCGGCGAGCAACUCAAUAAUGUCUACGAAUUCAAUUCGCACUUGCUGAGUAAGAGUCACCAAUGAUAAGAAGGGAAAUUUCAAUUUUUUUUUUGUUAUUUGUUGAGAAGAAAAAUAUUAUUUAUCAAAAAAAAAAGAGGAACAAAGUUCAAUAUAUAAUAUUAUAUGCAACAGAGAUGUGAUGAGAACGUUACAAAACAAGAGAAAGAAUAUAUUUUUUUGAAAAGGAUAUCGGCAUUGAUUGCAACAAAAAUAAACAAAAACAAACAAAAAAAAAACUAAAAAAAUGCGUGAAAGUGCGUGAAAGUUAAUUAAUUUUUAAGAAAAUA